AUGGGGAACACAGCCACCAAGGCGCGCGAGGCCCACGCGCAGGCCAAGAGCAAGCCCAAGACCGGCCGCAGCGUGCAGCAGCAGAAGCUCAAGUCGGCCAAGGCCACGGGCGUGCUGGCGCUGCCCAACAGCAAGCUGAAAAAACUGCCCGAAGAGCUACUGGAGCUGUCGGCGCUGCGCACGCUCGACCUCACGGCCAACAGACUGAGCGAGCUGCCGCCGCAACUGAACGCGCUCAAGUCGCUCAAGACGUUGAAGGUUCCGUCCAAUGCCUUGACCACGUUGCCGGACUUGUCGGGGCUCGAGGCGCUCACCACGUUGGUGCUGGACGGCAACGUCCUGGAGGACAUCCCCAAUGCGCUACCCCCGAACCUGACCAAGCUGUCGCUGAAGGGCAACAAGCUGCGCGCGGUGCCUCGUAGCGUCCUGGAGCUCGCGCAGCUGCAGGAGCUGGAUCUGUCGGACAACGCGCUGGAGACUCUGCCGUCCAAUUUGGGCGAGCUGCAGGAGCUUCAGGAGCUCAACGUGGACGGCAACAAGCUGACGGAGCUGCCAGCUGCUCUAGCAAGAUGUGCCAAGCUCAAGGUGCUGUCGGCACGACGAAACACUUUGGUCGGACGGUCGGCGGGUGCCAAGGUGCAGUGCAUCGCUGCUGAGCUGCUGGGAGAAGGCUCGGCUGUGCAGGUGAUGAAUCUGGAGGGCAACCCCAUGACCAAGGAGGACCUGCAGCAGAUGGACGGCUUCGACGCGUUCCUCACUCGACGCACGAAGCUCAAGAACAAGGAGAUCCACGGCGGGUUGAACUCGGACUUGAGUCUCUGCGGGCUCGAGUAG